AUGCGAUCUCAUCAUCUCCUCAAUCUCUUACUCCUCUUUCCAUUCCUUUCUCUCACCACACCCAGUCUUCUCCCUCGUCGACCUCAACCGAAAUCAUACGACACACAUUCCUACUAUACUUUAGACUUACACCCAUCUUCAUCCCUCACACAAGCUAAAACCAUCUCCUCUUCUCUUGGUGUGGAAUUGAUAGAACCCUUAGGCGAAUUACCUGGUCAUUGGAUAGUCCGCACACCAGGUGAAACCCCAUCACAUUUAACCCCAAGGUCGAUACAAGAUCCAAUCAUCAAACGAUGGCAUUCAUUAAGAUCCAACUCGAAUCAAAGUAAAUCACAUUUACGUUCUCUCACUCCAUUGCAUUUGAAACAACGGGCCAAACGGACUUUUCCACAUGAAAACGGAUUACAACUGUUGGACAAGAGGAGAGAGAAUGUGAGACAGGACGAAGCGGAAUUAUGGUAUGCUCAAAACGAAUUACAUUUACAAGAUCCAAUGUUACAUCAACAAUGGCAUUUGAUCAAUACUCAAAUGCCAGAUAUAGAAUUGAACGUUACUGGUUUAUGGGGCAAAGGUGUGACUGGGAAUGAUGUGAAAGUUGUUAUCGUGGAUGAUGGAUUGGAUAUGGAAUCUGAUGAUCUUAAAGAUAAUUUUUACCCCGAAGGAUCAUACGAUUUCAAUGACCAUACCGACCUUCCCGUUCCCCGAUUGAGUGAUGAUCAACAUGGUACCCGUUGCGCCGGUGAAAUAGCCGCUGUCCCGAACGAUGUCUGUGGAGUCGGGGUUGCCUACACUUCUAAAAUCGCCGGCGUCAGAAUUCUCUCUGCACCCAUUUCCGACGCAGACGAAGCGGCCGCUUUGAAUUAUGCAUAUCAACUGAACGAGAUAUACUCUUGUUCUUGGGGUCCACCGGAUGAUGGGAAAUCCAUGGAAGCACCAGAAGGUAUCAUCCUCAAAGCUUUGGUCAAUGGCGUUCAAAAUGGUAGGAAUGGAAAAGGUUCUUUAUUCGUCUUCGCUGCUGGUAACGGAGGAGGAAUGGACGAUCAAUGUAAUUUUGAUGGAUAUACCAAUUCAAUCUUUUCGAUCACAGUAGGAGCGGUGGAUAGGAAAGGUUUACAUCCUUAUUAUUCAGAAUUAUGUUCGGCAAUGAUGAUGGUUGCUCCUAGUUCAGGUAGUGGGGAUCAUAUCCAUACUACGGAUGUCGGGAAAGAUAAAUGUGCUCAUACGCAUGGUGGAACUUCUGCUGCCGCUCCUCUGGCAGCAGGAGUUCUCGCACUUACACUUUCUGUCAGGCCCGAUUUGUCUUGGAGAGAUUUUCAACAUAUAGCAGUGAGGAAUUCAGUAUUUUUCAACCCCGAUGAUCCAGAUUGGGAGAAAACGGCCGCUGGAAGAAUGUUCAGUUACAAGUACGCAGGUCGUUUUGUCGCCGCAGCCGAAUCUUGGACUCUGGUCAAGCCCCAAGCAUGGUUCGACUCCCCUGCCGUUUACCUUCCGACCACCGAAUUGAACUCUACUUCUUCCAGACAUCGUAAACGACAAACCUCUUCCACCAUCAGACUCUCCAAACGACAAGAUGACUCCCCAGAAGAUACGACGGAACCAGAAGAAACGGACGGAGGAGAUAUUGAAGAUGAACCCGUGUUAGAGAUCGAACCAUCCGGUUCGGUCCUCUCUACCGACGACGUGGUCAGCACUUUCUCCGUCACUCAGGCCAUGUUGGAUGAUAGCAAUUUUGAGAGAUUGGAACAUGUCACGGUCAGGGUGUGGAUCGACCAUAGUAGGAGGGGAGAUGUCGAGGUAGAGUUGGAGAGUCCAAACGGCGUGAAAAGUGUUUUGGCGAGGAAGAGAAGGUUUGAUGAGGCCGAUACUGGGUUUCCGGGGUGGAAGUUUAUGACUUUGAAACAUUGGGACGAAAAUCCCAUCGGUACAUGGACCAUUCGUGUACACGACCAAGGUUAUGCCGAUCGUACCGGUCGAUUCAUAGCUUGGUCCCUUCAACUCUGGGGAGAAUGUGUCGAUCCCUCUCUAGCUCGUUUAUGGGCUCCAGCGGAAGAAGGUGAAGCGGAUGAAGAAGAAACCGGAUCGGAAGAAGCUACCGCUACUCUAUCUCAAAAACCUAAACCUACCGAACAUUUACCAGGAGAUCAUGGUGAAGCUUCUGGUGAAGCUGAUAAACCAGGAUUAGCAUCUCCAACACCAGUUCCAGGAGAAGAUAUAACUCCACCUUCCGACGAAGAAGAACAUUUAGACGAAGGUUGGUUUUCUGGAAUAGAAUCAUUAGGUCGAUCAUCCACUUGGAUAGCAGGAGCAGGUAUGAUUAUCAUUCUCCUAGGUUCUGGAGUUGGAAUGUUUUUCUUUUUCCGAUCUAGGAGAAGAAAGAAUCUAUUCGGUUUGGCAAAUGAUGGAGAAGGUGCAAGAGGUGUUUACGUUCCUGUUGGUGAAGAUGUACCUAUGGGUUUAUUAGGUAGAUUGAGAAAGAAAGGAAAAGGAACUAAAGAGUUAUAUGAUGCUUUUGGUGAUGAAGAGAGUGAAGAGGAUGAGGAUGAGGAAGAAGAUGAAAGGACUAGGUUGAGAUAUCAUGAUGAUUUCUUAGGAGAUGAUGAUCCACCUAGAAUGGAAGGAUAUAGUGAUGAACCUGAUUCGAAGGUCGUUGAAAGGGACCAAGGAGGGAAGAGGGAAGGUAAUGGAGGUAGUGUGGGGAGUGGAGGUGGUGGAGGUAGUGGAAUUAGUGGAGAUGGAGGAAGGAGUGGAUCGGAAGAAAGUAAAGGGAAAAGAGAAAGUGGUAGUGUUAGUUCUAGUAGUUGGCAAGAUGCCGCUGAAGAAAGGGCAGUUUGA